AUGGACGCACAAGAAAAGGAGCGUCCGGCAGGUGACACCUCGAAUGAAGGCAAUGUCGCUCAUGACGUCGAGUCCAACAUCAACCCAGGUGGAACCUCGGACCUGGAAUGGAAGAAUGAUAGGCAUAACCCUUACAAUUGGCCAAAGGCAAAGAAAUAUGUACAGCUUAUGACCAUCAUGUCGAUUGCAUUCACCUGCUCCCUCGGCACCUCAAUCAUCAGUCCUGCGCACACUUCCCUCAUGACGGAAUUCGAAAUCUCGAGCACUGCAGCCUUUUUACCAUUGUCACUCUAUACAUUUGCCCUGGGACUCGGCCCUGUCCUGGGCGGUCCCCUGUCGGAAGUUGCGGGCAGACAGGCAGUUUUUGCCAUGGCAGUCGUGCUAGGAGGGCUCUUUGCCAUGGGGUCUGGACUGACCAACAGCUUUGCCGGGUUAUGUGUGAUGCGGUUCCUAUCGGGCUUCGUUUAUGGACCUAGUCUCUCUAUUGGAUCCGGAGUACUUCAGGAAACGUAUCUACCAAUCGAACGAGGUCUACCUUCCGCAAUCUACAUCUUGAGCCCCUUUCUGGGUCCUGGUCUAGGCCCGGUCCUCGGAGUCUUCUUAGUUGCCAGGAAAAGUUGGCGUUGGACACAGUACACAAUAGCAUUGUUUUCGGCUUGGAGUGCCGUCUGGAUGCUCUUUUCGAGAGAAUCCUAUCAUCCUGUCAUCAAGCGGAGAAGAAUGAAGCAGCUGGGCCUCGACACUCCUGCACGACCGCCGCUAUCGAAAGCAUUGCACAAGUUUCUGACUGUCGACCUGUUGCGGCCCGUCCACAUGCUCCUCACUGAGCCAAUUGUCAUGUUUAUCUGCCUUUACAUUGCUUGUGUUUUCGGCACAUUGUACAUGUUCUUUGGAACGUUCUUUUACAUCUUUCAGACUACAUACCACUACACUUUAAUCCAAUGCGGUCUCGUAUUUCUCGCUAUUGCGGUGGGCUGCUUGGUCGGCUUUUUCCUCAUUGGCAUCUCCGACAAACUGCUCUACCAGCCCAAGGCGACCAAGUUCCCACUUCACCAGAUACCUGCCGAGUAUCGUCUCUACCCGGCCAUGGCCGGCAGUUUCGUACUCCCCGUCAGCUUGUUUUGGUUCGGCUGGACGGUACAGAAAGGCGUCAAUCCUGCAGCACCGAUUGUCGCGAUUGUGCUCUUUGGCAUAGGGAACAUUGGGCUGUUCAUUAGUUGUAUGCAAUAUGGUGAGUGCUCUAUCCAUGAAGCCUUGAAAUCUGAUAUUGGUGACGCUUACCACUCCAGCAAUGUGGCGAGCGCCUCGAGCGCCAACAGUUUGGCGAGAUACACUUUUGCGGCUGCCUUUCCAUUCUUCUCUAUCCAAAUGUACACUGCGCUGGGUACGGGCUGGGCCUCAAGUGUGCUGGGAUUCCUGUCGGUCGCAUUGCUGCCAGUCCCAUGGAUCUUGUUCAAGUACGGGCACAGGAUAAGAGCAAUGAGCAAGUACGAGACAGCCAGCUAUUAG